AGAUCAGAAGGGUCUCGGGUCUUACUCCUAGUUUUGUGGAUCAUGAGAGAUUUGAGCAUGAAAGUCCUUUCAGGUCAUCUGGUCAACAUCCCAAUGGGAGACAGAUGGAUUUGGAGGGAUGGUCUGUAAUGCAAAGAGAGAAAAUGGGCACAUGCAACGAGUUGCCCCGAUUCAAGCUGCAUCAAUGGGUUGGCCUGAUUUGCCCAGAGCCCCUACAACACCAAUUGUAAAAGGAGUUGUUAAACUUGAUGUACCUGUGGAUAAAUAUCCAAAUUGUAAUUUUGUUGGCCGAAUCUUGGGACCACGAGGGAACUCCCUAAAGAGAGUUGAAGCCAUGACAGAGUGUAGGGUGUACAUAAGAGGCAAGGGUUCUGUCAAGGAUUCUGUAAAGGAAGAGAAGCUGAAAGAUAAACCUGGAUAUGAACACCUUAAUGAGCCACUGCAUGUGUUGGAGGCUGAAUUUCCCGAGGACAUGGUAAAUUCUCGAUUGGAGUAUGCCGUUGCAAUACUAGAAAACCUUCUGAAGCCUGUGGAUGAAUCCUUGGAUGGCUACAAGAAACAGCAGCUUAGGGAGUUGGCUUUGCUAAAUGGUACCUUAAGGGAAGAGAGCCCGAGAAUGAGCCCGAGUCCUAGUAUGUCGCCUUUCAACAGUACAGGAAUGAAGCGGGCAAAGACGGGAAGAUGACGAUAGACAUAUGUUGAUAAAUCUGUGUCCUGUUGGCUUGCUGCACAUACGAUCGAUUGAAAUCAUGACCAUUGCUUAGGGAGGCUGAGUUAGUAAGAGAGUCAAACUCCUUUGAGUUUUAGGCAAUCUCCAAUGAUCCCUCUUUUAAUGUAUCAUUCAUUCCCCAUAAGGUUUGACGUCUCUACUUCAUUAGUUAAAAUAACCUAUUUCUCCUAAUUGUUUUAGCCAAGUUCCUGAUGUGCUCCAACAUUCUUUGUACUGACAAUCUUGCAUUAUUUCUUGCAUAUAUCUACAUAUGCGUGCCCUACAUAAUAGGAUACAAUCAUUGUAUUGUCUUUUGUCU